UAAGGACUUCAUUGACUUUCCUAGAUCAUAUUAUUAAUGUUCCUCUAUAUAUACAUAUAUACUUUAACUACCACUAUUAUAUUUUACGGUACAAUGGAUCAAACCACCACCACCAUUAAUCAAGAACACAUCAAAAAGACCAAGAAAACCAGCAUCGUCCACGAUAGAGAAAGCCCCGUCUACCACGGUGUUCGUAAGAGAAGUUGGGGCAAAUGGGUGUCAGAAAUCCGUGAGCCAAGGAAAAAAUCAAGAAUAUGGCUAGGGUCAUUUGACAACCCUGAGAUGGCGGCUAGAGCCCAUGAUGUAGCCGCCAUUGCAAUCAAGGGUCGCUCGGCUAUACUCAAUUUCCCUCAUCUAGCUCAUCAACUUCCAAAACCGGUUUCUACCUCCCCUAGAGACAUCCAAGAAGCUGCCAUCAAAGCCGCGGCUUUAGUCAUUAAUAGUGAAAUGAUCGGUCCAAGAAAACGUGACAAAGAUAGAAGCCAAGCCGAGCUAGAACCUGAGUUUGGUAGCAUGGCUACAUCGGAUGACACGUUUAAUGAUUUACCGGAUCUUUAUGUCGACCUUGGACAUCGGAUUGAUAGAAUUUACUUUACAUUACCAGAGAAUAUCACCGGAAUUGAGACCGGGGAUUGUGAGAUGUGGCCCGAAGAACAUUCCUUGUGGAAUCAUUAAUCAAUUGUUAGUAAGUUGGACGAGAUAUAUAUUGUUUAAAAAAUAUUAUUGUUUGUAAAAAAUUAAAUAGUGGAUCCAUAUGCAUUGGACGUGUAAAUGAAAACAGAAAUUGUUAUGUGUUA